UGAGUUACAGGAAAAAGGCCAGACGCUAUCACUGACAUCUACCAGCAUUCACACAGCAGUGCUUUCAUUUUUGCAGACAUUACAGCUGUUGAAGACUCAAAUAACUGACAUGAUAUUACACAGAAUCUGCUUUUAAUGCAUAUCCUGUGUGAUAUAUAUCCUGUUCAUCCUGUAAUCUCACGUAUUUUUAUCUGCUAAAAUGUUCAAAAAGUCACUGGUCACUGUUUUAAAAUAUAUAAAUACCAACUGGCCACUAUAUCAAGUACAUUUUGUUAGCACAGAGUUGAGAAGACAACAUCACACAUUUGCUGCAGAAUCGUCGGCUGCCUAUCUGUGAUUCAAAUCUCGCGUUCCACCACAUCUCAAAGGUGCUCUAUUAGACUGAAAUCUGGUGACUCAAUUUGAGUACAGUCACUGUCAUGUUCAAGAAACCAGUUUGAGACGAUUCAAGCGUUUUGGCCUGGUGCAUUACGCUGUUUGGAAGUAGCCAUCAGAAGAUAGUACAUUGUAGUCAUGAAGGAACGGACAUGAUCAACAACAGUACUCAGGUAGACUGUGGUGUUUAAACUGUGCUGAGUUGGUACUAAGGGACACAGAACGCACCAAGCAAAUAUCCCCCAUGCCGUUACACCACCAGCAGCUUGAGUUUCACCACAAGGCAGGAUGGAUCCAUGCUUUCAUGUCAUUUAUCACAAAUUCUCACCCUACCAACCAAAUGUUGCAGCAGAACUUGAGACUCAUCAGACCGAGUGACAUUUUUUGUCCAAUUUUGAUGAGCCCGUGUUAAUCGUAGCCUCAGAUCUUGGGGAUCAAAACAUUGGAGAAAAUGAGAGAAUUUCAGCCAGUCCUCAUAUUCUGGUAAACAUCCUGUUUGGUUAACACUGAGUCUCAUGCAUGCUGUUAAAUUUGUAUCGUUUCUCUGACACAUAUGUUGUGUUUUGUCCUCAGUGUCUUCUCUCUCUCUCUCUCUAGCUCUGGACUUGAACAUCUCACUUGCACAACCAACCUCUCCUUAUUACUGUGUGCUGUUUUUUUUUCUGCUCGCCUUCUGCUCUCUCCUUAACCAGACGAGGCCUUUGACAGAAGGGAGUUCUUUUUCCCCACUGUCACCAAGUACUAAGUACCUCAAAGUACCUUGCUGGAUUUCUCUUUAUAACACUGGAAAGUCCUAAUCGAAUAAUGUUAAUAUCACUAUAGCCAAGGUUUUACUUGGAAUACAUUGUACCAAGAAAGUGUUUCUUUUUCUGUGAAUCCAGCACUCCUCUAUAAGUGCACUGGGUCUACACUGACACCUGCUGGCCAAUGAUAGUGUCGCCCCUUCAAGAAAGCCCCUCAAAGUUGCUCAGUUUUAUCAAACCUAUGCAUGAUAACUGAUCGGGAACAUAAUACAAAUUUCCUAAAUACAGAUUUUAUCCUAGGGAGUUUUCUCAAUUACAAAGCAAACAUGUUUUUAAUAUGGCGAAGAAUGAAGUGCUGAGUUAUAACUUCUGCUUUUUGUCUUUCUAUAUUUGGUGGGUGAUAAGGAGAGAGCACACAGCAUGGUGUACAUUUCUUGACAUGAAAACUAUGCAGUGACAAGACAGAAAAAAAAUAAGUUGACUGCACGUCGCUGACAAGUCAUUUACAACUACGAUUGUUUCCCCCACUCUGCAGUGAAGUGUGAAUGUCUAGAGCUGUUGUUGUACUUUACUCUGCAUGGUUGCUUCAACAAAUAACAUCUUGGCAAACCUUUUCUGAGGUUAGUCGUUUGUCACACAAUUUUUUCUGGAGCUUUUUCAAAAGACAAAAUAAAUAGAUUUGAAUUCAUUUGAAAGUUUACAGCUCCAUCUCUGUAUUCAAAUGAUUGAUAUGCUUCCUGUUUGUGAUUUAGAGGUGUUGAGGAAACAUAGCAGUUAUUAGGUUACUGCGGGAAAUGAUGACAGCUACAAGCACACACUCACUGCAUUUUAAACAGUAACAGGGUGUGGGUUGCAGUCUUCUCCAGAACCACUUAUCCAAAAGAGUGAAUGAUUGAAGCCUUCUGUGAUGAUCAGGUUGAGUUAAGAAUUAAAAAUUAGAAAGAGACUUUUAAAUACAUCAAUGUCCUCACAAAGAUAGCCAAACUAAUGUAUGUGUGUGUUUGUGCAAUCCUCCCCACCCAGGGAGUGGACCGGGCAGCAGUCACCCACAGACAUGACUUUAGACAAAAUACAAGAGCUGCUCAUCCAAAUAACCUGCACUUAUUUGGGUCUGCUGCAAUACACCAAAUCUGAAUCAGAUAAGAGUUUACAACUGAUCAGACAGACAGAUGGAUAAAAGGAGUUCUUCAACCCACUUACAUGGACUGAUCAACAGUCUGACUCGCCUGAUUUCAUCUGAUCUUUCCAGCUAAGAAGUCGGGUCUGGUUAGUACUUAGACCAGCUGGGGGAAACAGGUGCUGUAAGCCUAGCUUAUAGCCAAACCACCCUGAGCACACCCGACUGAACAACACAUUUACUGAAGUAGUUCUGAACAGCGCUAAAUCUUAAAAUAUGAAAUACUAGAAUAUGACAUCAACCAAGAUUCAUCUGUCAAAUCAUAAAACACCUGAGAAAGAUCUCUGAUCAGACAAAACUGCUAUGUUUGCUAUGUUUGCAUUAUCUGUCAUUAUAACACACUUGAUGGCCUGACAUUUACCCAAAAUAGCACAUCUGCGCUUAUCUCCAUAUACAUUUACAUAUCUAAUGCCCUAAUGCAAAUGCACCAACAGAAUGCAUGCUCACCUUCCCUUUUUUGAAAGCAUACUGCUUCCUCUUGUCUGAUCUGCGCAACCAAGGAAAAAGACCAGUGGAAUCCCCCCAAAGCUCCAGACCUGCUCUGACCUCUUUCUGUUCAGGAUCUGUGCUCACACUGACAGCAAGAAUUUUACUACUGCAGCGUGUGGGUGUAAUAUCAGUCUGUUACAUUGCUCCCUUAUUGUCACUCACUAGAAUAAAUACAGUUUUCUUUAAAAUAGGUUAUCUGAGUCAGUCAUCAACAUACAUAAAAUAUGCAAUAAUAAUAAAUAAUCCUAUUUUGUUCUUUAAAACAGCGGCCCCCAACCUUUUUUAAAGGGCACCGGUCCGUGGCCUUGGGGGUUGGGUUGCUUUAAAACACUAAAAAUUAGAUGACUUACAUCUCAGGGGGACUUAGAAAUGAAAACAAAUAUAAUGCUGAUAUUCCACAUCUGUAAAAUGGAAAUACAAUUUAUUUAGGAAUGUUUGAAACAUUGUGCACUUUCUCUCAACCUCCAACUAAUCUUGAGAGUUAGAUAUGUUUUACUUUGAAUCACUGUUUCACUUUGUGAACCACUUAAAAGUUUGAGAACCAGAAUACAAACAAAGUGACUCAUCCAGAAAUCUUAGAUCGUGUGUGGGGAAAAACAUCAGCGGUGAGGAUAAUACAGUUCUUUGCUGCCCUCUUCAGGUCAAAUGCAGAGCAGUCAUCAAAGGAAGAAGCAUCAAAUGCAUGCACACAGGGAUGCAAAGUCAAAGCACACAAAGGUCACUGCAGUGGGCUUUGUGUGCUUUGACUUUACUUCUAUAGAUGUGAAAAUCCAUCUACACCAUAAAAAGAGCAACGCAGUUCAAGCAGAAGCAGGUAUUCGAUGGAGAAGCUGCUAAAAGUGCAGUUUGGAUUCAGGAUGUUAAAAUAUGUGUGAAUUAAUUAUGUACACAACGCGCAUGUAUAUAUGCAUGUAUUUGUAUUUAUCAUUAAGAAAAAGGUCAAUUCAGAGUUUUUCACUUCCUUCUGUGGAUGAGCACUGACACCCACACUUCUGUUACGUCUAGACCUUUUCUGCUGAGGCUGUAACUUCUGUCUGUGGCUCCUUUGUUCAAACUGCACUCGUGCUGGAAGAGAUUGAACAGUGAAGUGAGAGUGAAGGAUGUUCAGGUUUUACAUGCUCCUGGUUCCUCUCUAUAGAGCCUAUGGUACGCUCCUCUACGCUAACCUUGGAGAUAAUGUGACUUUGCAUUGCUCCUUUGCCUCCAGGGCCAAAUAUCUCUCCUGGUACAAGCAAGUCAUAGGAGAGCCACCUCGAGUCAUAUCCUCUUUCUACAAACAUUUACUCGACUCCAACAGGUUCCACCCCGGGUUUAAAAACAAUCAACGAAUUUCAGUUGAUAGUGGAGAAGAUUUCUAUCGUCUGAACAUUUUUAAUGUUCAGGAUUCUGACUCGGCCAUGUACUACUGUGGACAGACCAGCAUCUCAGUCACUAAUUUUGACAACGGAACGUUUUUGGUCCUGAGAGAGCGCAGUCACAGGACUUUCCUAAAGCAGCCAGAAUCAAACUCUGUGCAGCAAGGAGACUCGGUGACACUGAACUGCACGCUGCUCAAAGGAUCCAGUGCCGAAGAAGUCAACGUUUACUGGUUCAAAAAGGAUACAGUAGACUCUCACUUGGGAAUCAUGUACAUCCACACAAAUAGCAGCAGCCAGUGUGCAAAAAGGUCUGAGUCCAGGUGCUCUGCACAGAGAUGUGUUUACAGCUUCACAAAGAAGAACGUGAGCCAGUCUGAUGUCGGGACGUACUACUGUGCUGUGGCUUCAUGCGGAGAGGUGCUUGUUGGGAAAGGCACGAGACUGGAUGUCGUAGUGAAACAGGACGAAGCUGUCCCUGUCUUGGUUAAGACUGUGGUUGCAGCUCUGGUUGUCUCAGUUAUUUUCAAUGUAAUCUUCUGUGGUACCCUCUGCAAAAUUGUCCAGAGAAAAAAGUGUCCCUCUAAAGGGUCACUUCAACAGCCUAAUACUCCAGAAUACACUGCGAACUGUGAGAAUGAAGACUGUGCUGUUGUGCAGUAUGCAACUGUGAAUUUCAAGAAAAAGAAUGAGACAAGUAGGAGACAAAGAAAGGACACAGUCAACGACCCAAUCUACUCUGCAGUUAGAACGUCUUACGUGGAGUGAUUUUGUUCAGUCGAAGUCAAAAUUAUGGCCACUGUCUCUCCUACAUCUGUGAUGUUGGUUAAUAUUAACUUCUCAAAGAAGGUUGUGCGAUUAGUUUUGGAUGUUUAUUAAAACAAAAAGAGGAUUAGGCUCCAAGUGGAAUAAAUUUCAGGAUGUACUGAUGGAUGGAGGGUUGGGUGGGUGGAUUGCAAAAAUGUUUCCAUUGUAAUGCACCUGAAUGAGUUAUUUGAUCAACAGUGCAACAGUGCAGACAUUAGGGGCAGGACUGUUUGUGGCUGAGUGACCUAAAUUCACUUUUUCAUAACAAAGUGGAAAAAGAAAACUCCAAAACAAAACCGCCCAGUAUUACCACACAAUGCAUCUGCUGCCCAAAGUGGUGAACGGGCAGCCGACUCACAGUGUCCCUGGCCUAUUUUAAAGUGGAAAAAAGUUAUUACAGGAAACACAUUUUGAUGUACAUUCUUUCAUGUCUUUGAAACAAAACUACUUUCAAACAAAACUCAGCAUAUACAUUAAAAUUUAUGAGCCUACA